AUGGUUUCAGACAGACCUGCUAAUAUAAUUAUUGAACAUAUUCAAGCUGACUUAGCCAAACUCCACACUUUCUAUAGUUCUGAAAGAAUGGAGUGCAACUAUCCAGAAGCCAACCUCGAAGCAACAAUACACUUCAACAACUUUUCAUUUGUGAACUCAGACAUCAACAAUGGAAGAGCACCCAAAGAUAUUCUAAGACUAAAUGAAGUUGGAAACAUAACUGUCCAGAAUAUUGAUUGUAGAAACUAUUUCUCAUAUCUUUCUGACUACAAUGGGUGAAUUGCUUUCUUAUUAAGACCAACAUGCACUCCUACUUCUCCUGAAUUCCAAAAUCUUAACUUUGAAAAUGUGACGAAUAACUACAUCCAUCCCUCUAAUUUAUUUUCUGUUGGAAAUAUUGUAAAUCUAGAACAACCACACUACAGAACGAUUAGCAUAACUUUCAAAGGGUACAAGGCAGAAGACUUAAAGAUCGACACUCCAAAACCUCUUGUAAGUCUGAUUGGGUAUCCCACUGACUCUUUUCUAUUCUCUGAUAUUGAACUGAAGAACACCUCUAACACAAAAUAUUUACUCUCUGCUUAUUACUUUCUUGGCAUAAAUGUAACCGGGGCAACUAUCUCUGAUACUAGUGAUGGAAAAGGAAUAAUUUAUUUUGACAAUUGCAUGACAACAAGGUUCAAUAGCUUUGUAGUUUCCAACUAUAUUCUGAAAAGUGAGGUCUCAUUGCCAUUUAUUUUUCUUGUUCCAAUGGAGCAAUCUAUGUAUGGUGUUUAUGAUACACUUGUUGAAAACUGAACAUUUUAUAAUUCCCAUUUUAUCGAAUCGAAGGGCCAAGGAGCAGUAAUUGCUUUUGGACAUGCUGUUCUUAAGAAUGUCAGCUUGGAUAGAAAUAAAGCCUUUUUAAAAGUGAGCUCAGCUGUCUUUGUAGAGAUUAUGAAUGCAACAAUUAUUGAUUGUCUCCCAAUUUAUUCAGACAGUUCUAUUUACUUCUUUAAAGAGGAUACUAUUAUUAUUGGUGAAACUGAUUCCGAUAUUAUGUACUUUACUUAUGUUCAAGAAAUCAACAUUAUUAAUUCACCUAUUUCUCUAUUCAAAGUGGAUUCUGUGACAGGUAGUGAAGGGGAGUAUUGAUUAUACUAUCUUGCUAUUUCAACAAUUUCAUAUAGCAAUUGAACUAUUAAUCAUCCUGACCCACUUAUAUCAACUGAAGGAAUCAUUUCUUUAGGAUCAUUGAAUGUAUUGAUCUCUUUUGAACACCUAAGUUUUGUUGAUGUUGAGCAUAAACAUGGAGAUUUAAUUAGAUUUGCUCACCAAGUGCCUCAGCCAGUUAAUUUCUUCAAUGUAACAUUUGAAAGAAUUACUAACGGACAUAUUACCUUAGAGUCAUCAAACCUACAUUUUGCACAUUUCAAAACUAGUGUUCAAAUGAUUAACACAAUGAUGGAUCAAGAUAUUGUUAGUUCAAGUUCAUUUUUCAGAGCCAAAAGGAAUUCACAGCUUAUAUUGUUUAAUCUAACUUGAUCCAACUUUCAGAGUCUUUAUUCAGAUGGAGGAUUUAUUAGUGCAGAAAGUGAUUCUAUUGUGCAAGUUCAUUUUUCAAAUUUACGAAAUAAUUCUGGAAUAUAUUCAACUUUAUUCUCAGUGAAAGAUAAAGCGAAUAUGUUGUUGAGUCAAUGAAACAUGAUCAAUAAUUUUGCAUUAACAAACGGAGUUUUGGUAGUAAAGACCUAUGGAAUUCUGAACAUUCACGCCUCUGUUAUUAGCCAAAAUUAUGCUCUUGAAAACUCAGUUGGAGAGGUAUUGAGCUAUAACCAAGCAUUAUCUCUAAGUAUAGUUAAUAUUUCUGAAAAUCAAGCUAUAUCUCAAAGUGUUCUACAAGGUGAGUUGAUUGGAUGCCGAAAUCUAUGAUUUAUUGGAUCUCAAGUGCUUGAUUAUAUAAAAUCUGUUAAUUUAUCUUCAUUGUCUUAUUCAGAUGUAGCAAUACAGUUACUUUUUUCUCAAAUAAUAAUUCAGAAUACAUGAAGAAUAAGUAUGCAGCCAAAUUUCAUUAAUGCUUUUGCUUCUGAUGUUUCGAUAUUAAACUCGUUUAUCUCAGAUGUGGAUUUACAGAGCACAAAUAUUGCGAUUGUUACCUCAAAUUUAGUACUCAGGGGUGUUAAAAUUAACAAUAUUACUAACCCAGAUAAUGUUAAUUUUAUUUUGAUAGCUACUCAAAGUACACUCAGAGCAACAAAUAUCAAUUUUCAAGAUUCCCAAUCUUCUUUAUUUUCAAUUCAAUCCUCUACAAUUGAGCUCCUUUCUGCUAUUAAGUUUACUUCUGUCGUCAAUGCAAGAUCACUGAUCGAAGUGUUACAAGCAGAAAGCUUUGUAGCUUCGGACAUAACUAUCUUAGACUCCAAUGCAACAAACCAAUUGCUACUAUUUGAUAGAUCGAGCCAGAUAUCUUUGGAAUCCAUUCAAAUUUCUAAUUUACAGAGACCAUUGAUAAGUGCGUCAAAAUCUAACUUCAUUCUGAUCCAAGACAUUGUGAUUUCAAACAGCUCCAAGUCGGUAGAAAUGACAGAAUGAGUUGUUGAAAAUAUGCAGCAAUGAGAAUACUCAAACAAUGGGUCCAAUUCUACAUCUGAAGGAGGAGCUUUGAACUUACUUAAUACUGAUAUUACUAUUAAUGACUCAUUAUUUGCAAAUAAUCAAGCGAUCAAAGGAGCUGCCAUCUCAUUCAAAUGCACUUCAAAGGCUAACUGAAACCUUGAUUUUAAAAAUUCAACAUUGACCAGCAACUCUGCCACUGAAAAAGGAGGAGCCAUUUACUAUGACUACUUGCCUCCUAAUACUAGUGAAGCUAUUUUUGUAAACAACUCUGCUGCUUAUGGACCUAACUUGGCCAGUUAUCCUUACAGAAUUGGCCUUGUUGGAAGUGAAAAUAGUUCUGGUGUUGUAAUCAGAAAUAUUGGAUCUUCUAUGCCUCUCGAUGAGAAUCUUGAACUUGGCUUAUUUGAUUAUGAUAAUCAAAUUAUGAACCUGGAUUCUUCAACUCAAUUUUUAAUAACUUCAUCUAACAUUGACAAAGGAACCAUUAGAGGAACAAAUUUAGAAAUAAUCAACAAAGGAAUUGCAAUAUUCGAUGACCUCCGUCUCAUUUCUACCCCUGGCUCUAGUUUUGUGAAAUACAAAGUUUCAUCAAGGACUUUUGAAACUCAGAAGCUGUUGGAAGUUUACAAUAAGUCUUCAACCGACACAGAAAUUCUGGUAGACUUUAGGUAUUGAAAGCCUGGAGAAUGGCAGGUGGGAGACAAGUGAGAAGUGUGUGAUGCCGGAACUUAUUCACUUCAAUGGAACUCCACCUCAUGAACCCAAUGUGUUGAAAAUGCUGUUUGAUUCGGUGGGAGCCAAGUCAAUGUGGAACCAGGAUACUGGAGGAGACUUGGAAACUCUACAACUAUUGUUGAAUGCCCUUACGGUAAAGCUUGAAAAGGAGGUCUCAUCGAAGAAUCAGGCUCAUCCACCCAAUGAAAGCAGGGUUACGAAGGCCCAAUGUGAUCUCAAUGCAGCGUUCUCGACCAAGCUAAGUACGAGAGACAAGGAGAAUUCCAAUGAGUUAAAUGCCCAGAACCAAUAUCUAAUGCAUUCAGAGUUGCAGGCCUGAUAAUCCUUGUGUUUUCAUACUUCAUGUAUCUGAUUAUUAAGAAUCUAAAAGCGAAAGAAAAUGAUAUCUCAAUAUUGUUAAGAAUCUUGACCAACUACCUUCAGCUGAUUACUACCUCAAUGUCGAUGAGCCUAAGCUACCCAAGCUUUUUAAAUUCUGUAACACUCCCUUUUAAGAGACUUGGAGGUUCUUCAGAUACUUUUCUAUCAUUCGACUGAUUUGUGACUAAUUACGAGAUCAAGGGACCAUUCGAGUCGAAUGCUGUUUUGAAACUAUUCUUACUCCUUGUUCUGCCAAUAAUUCUCUUUACUCUGAUCGCUUUAAUCUGGAUAUUGGUAUGGUCAGUCAAAAAGAAGUGGGUGAAGGAUAUCAAGAAAAAUUUACUGAUUUCAGCAAUAAGCGUGAUCUUUCUUUUGCACCCCAGACUCACACAGGCUAGCAUCAAUACAUGGAGGUGCAUAAAGGCUGAUGAAGGAGUCAACCUCGCAAGAUUCGACAUGAGCAUAGAAUGCAACUCGAUAAAGCAUUUGAAGUACUGAGUGUUGUUUGCAGUCCCAAUCUGAAUCAUUUGGGUGAUAAGUAUGCCAUUAUUAGGAUUUAUACUUUUGUAUAAAAACAGGAAAGGAACAAAAGAUAAUAAAGUUGGGAGAAAAACUCAGAUCUCUUAUUUGCAUAUUUUAUACCAAGGUCUGACUCCAGAAUGCUUCUAUUGGGAGUUUAUCAACACAAUUAGGAAAACUUUGGUGCUUGCUUGACUCCUUCUCUCCCAGUAUGUCAGGAUAUUUUUUGGAGUUAGCAUUCUGUUUGUAUCAGGAAGGAUUCAGAUCCAACUCAAGCCUUAUAAGAAUGAAGACCACAACAAAGUAGAGUUCUUGGCUAUUAAUGCUGGAGUAAUUACCAUCCUCUCUGGGUUGGUAUUUUCUGAGCAAGAUUCUGUUGAAUCCAUGGAUACUUUGACACUUGCCUUAGUCUUAGGUGCUAACAUAUUGUUUUUAACUUACUGGACUUAUCUUCUUUUGACAGGAUAUGAAGAAAAAUAUAAAGCAGCUCGAAUAAUAUCCCGACUGCUCAGUUGCAUUCUCUGAAUUAAAAGAGAGAAAAAGGAACAUUCAGAAGAAAAUACUGUAAAUGGCAACGAAGAAAAAGAGCAAAAGGAAGAUGGAUUAGCACGCCAGAAGAGUAAUGAACAAAAGAAGAAGAGGAUUUAUAAAAGAGUCUACAAGAAUAAGAAAGUAAAGAAAAUUAAAAAUAAAAGAAUCCAUGAUUCAAACCCAAGGUAUUUUAAUCAUCUCAGACAUAGUCUGUCCAAUAUUCAUCAGAACCCGACUGAGAAUAUCACCCAAGCAAGACUAGCUCAAAUACCCACAUCUAAAAACAACAUAUUCCCCUUUUCCUCAGAAAUCUCCCACUCUCCUUCUUCUCACCCUCCUUUUGGUCAACCUUCCAGAGCGAAGCGAGUAGACUUUGACUUCUACCAUGAAGAAAGUAAGGACCAAAUAGAUCACCCUCCUGAUGAAAUGCUCGCUUAA